UGGAUAGCAACAAAACUCGUAUUUUGCACCUAACCGCGCACGGGAAUCCGUUUUGUAGCAUCGAAACCGGCGCUGGCGACCGACUCUCGGUGUUUUUCGUCGCUCUCUCAGGCCUUUCCGGCGAUGUUGUUUAUCUGUAGUAAGGGGGGGCUUGAAACCGCCCUCCCUUGCCCCAUUUCCUCGGUUGUUUUCCUUCCCUCGCCUGGAUUCUCCAUGUUGUUGGUGCGAGAGUGAAGACUUCGCAGCGACGGGAGCGGGGGGCUGCUCGCCGACAUUACCAGUAAUAGUAGCGCUAAACCCGAGACGACGGAGCUGACAGGGUCUCAAAUAGCCUCCAGAAAAACAUAUCCAAGUGCCUUGCCCCCUCCCCAGGCGGACCUCCGAACGAAGAACAAGAGGAGCGGCGGGGGGAAUAAAGAAAGCCAGGAACAAGCUAAACCCUGCUCUCAUCGAGGAUCGUAACUGAGGCGGACGACAGGUUACCUCGGUGAAUAAUUGAGCCCACUUGCCAAUAAAACCCAAUGAGGGAUGCCCAUCAGUGCUCGCGGACAGGAUUUGAGGAUUUUGAGGGCUCCGUGAUUGUCAGAUGGAAAGUUCUGUUAUCACCCAAGUGCAGAAAGAAGACGUCCAAGUGUCACCGAAAACAGGCCAGGUGAGCCGCUCUGCCCUGAAACAGCCUCAGAGUUGUAACAUCUUCAAAGCACUCUUCUGUUGCCUCCAAGCCCAGGAUGGCCCCAAACCACCGCCGCCACCUUCCCAGCAGGCCUUGCUGGAGUCACAGGAAAAUGGGACGGUUGUCAAGCAACAUGAACCCAGCCUCCUGCCUGAGGUGACUGCCCAGGACCAAGGGAAGAUAUGUGUGGUCAUAGACCUGGAUGAAACCCUGGUGCACAGCUCUUUCAAGCCUAUUAGUAAUGCAGACUUCAUCGUGCCUGUGGAGAUAGAGGGGACCACACACCAGGUGUAUGUGCUGAAGAGGCCGUAUGUGGAUGAGUUCCUGCAGAGAAUGGGAGAGUUGUUUGAAUGUGUGCUGUUUACAGCCAGUCUUGCAAAGUAUGCAGACCCAGUGACGGACCUGCUGGAUCAGUGUGGUGUAUUCCGGACCCGGUUAUUCCGAGAGUCCUGCGUAUUCCACCAGGGCUGCUACGUCAAAGAUUUGAGCCGCCUGGGCAGAGACCUCCACAAAACCCUCAUCCUGGAUAACUCUCCGGCCUCCUACAUCUUCCACCCUAAUAAUGCUGUUCCCGUGGUGUCGUGGUUUGACGACGUGGACGACGCCGAGCUGCUCAACCUUCUGCCUGUGUUUGAAGAACUCAGCCAAGCCGAAAAUGUUUACACCCGGCUUGACCAGCUUCGUGGACAUUAAGCUCUCAGCGGACCUGCUCAGCUCCCGUUAGAGCUGCAGACCUCUUCAACUACAACAGAACCAUAAAUCCAGAAUAGAUGCUAGAGUUUUCAGAUGCUGUUCUCCUAGCAGCUGCUUAAAAUCCUCUGUUUAGAAAGUCGUAUAGAGACGGGGUUAAAGGAAAUUCCAAGCCUGGAGAACACAAUGUGUUCGGCUCAAAUGAAACUAUAGAUUGCAAUCUGAGGCCUUUCCUCUGAACCUCAGUGCUGCCAUUAUUGACAACCACUAUUUGAAAGCACUAUGAGAAAAAGCGGGAAACGACAACCAAAGCAGUCCCAUCACAAUCACUCCAGUUAGUAUGAAUAUUAAAGUGGUUCUUUUGCCAAAGCAGAAGCCUUCCUGCCCUGACUUGACUCUUGGACUUUGUUUUUUUUAUUAUUAUUGUGCCUUUUAAGGAACAACAACAAUAACAACAAAAACAUCAGCUCUUUUUUGAAAUUUCCACCAGAUUUUAUACAUUUAACGAUUUCUUUUUAUAGGUUGUUUUAUAAGGAAAUCUAUUUUUGAACAGUGAACAUGGUUCUUCUAUGCAACCCAGUUCUAUAAUGACAUGGACAGUACCUCCUAAGUAGCCAGUCAAUAAUUGCAUUCAGCAGAUGUAAACAUUACUGUAGCCUUAUUUACCUGCAAAUGAGCUGCAAAACAAAAGUGUAUUUUACUUAUUUGUACUAUAAACAUAAUUUCUACAAAACAUGCAAAUAUACACCAUAAGUGGUCAGACUGAUAUUUCAUAUAUUGGUUAUACGUUAAGUGAACAGGGUGAAAUCUUGUCUUUGACGGUCCGUAGAAAGCAGACACACUGGAGUAUGUUGGCACAUAGGACGACCAUAAAUGCCACAGUUUUCAGGCGAGGUUUGAUGGUUCAUUUGUUACUAUGUAUUCUGAUAUUACUAUAUGACAAACAACUUGCACUUGUUUUAUAUUGACAGUGCUGAAAGUAGAAACUGUGCCUUUGAAAUCCGGACAGAGAAUGGUGUUCUGCCUGAAAGGAGAUUUGUAGACCUACACAGUCUGAUGUGUCAUGCUGAGCGUGAGAAAACACUGUCAAGAGCAAGUGUAAUGCCAUGUGGCUCUGGUACUUGCAGUGCAACACUUGAAAAUAUCAAAUUUGAUUUUUUUAGCACGUGUGAGCGUUUUUUCUAUAUUUAUUGGCCAAAAACCUGUAUUGUCCAGUACUUCUUAAUGCUUAACAUUUUAUAUUGUAAUCCAUUUGCCUACUUUGAGGCUGGCCUUGUGUUAAACUGUUUUAUCUGUGCCUAAUACAGUUAGCUGUCAAAGUUCUUCACUUGACUGAACUGAAGCAGUUGAAUCAAAGAAAUACAUGUAAAUCCAAGAUUCAAUCAAAGAAAACUUCUUUUUCCACUUUAAAUUCAGUCCAACAGAUUUUUGUAGGGGUUUGUUUCCUGGCUAAUAUGGUUUUUCUAUGAUGUUUAAUGUCUGAUGCAAUUAUUGCCUGCAUGUUAACUAGUAAAAUAUGACAAUGAAUUUGUACCAGUUGUGAUGACCAAAAGUAUUUGUUUAGACUGUCACAAUUUGUCUGUAUCAGAAUAAAUCAAACUAAUUACCUGAUCUGACCAAAACUCUAAAAGACAAGGUGCUACCAGUUUUUAUUUUAUAAUAAAAAUUGGUUAUAUUGUA